CAACGCCUGUUGUGAAAGUGGAAGGAGUCUCAAAACACUUUUCUGUUUUCUCUCCCCUCCUCCAUAGAUAGUUAUUAUUUUCUCUCUUCUCUCCGGUUCGAGUCAUCGGCAACCCGCCGCAUGGCCGCCUCAAAAUCACAUUCUUUUCUUUCUCAAUCUCGAUUUUCCGAUACCGAAAAGAUGGAGGGCACUGGUAGUUGGGAAGCCAUCGAAUGGACUAAGAAUGAGCCUCUUGGUCGGACUGUUGCUCAUGGAUUUUCCAGAUUUUUGUUUGAAGCUGAAGAAGUUAUUCGAGAGGGGUAUGGUGUUGUUCUUGUGAACACGGAUGAAGCGGGCACCUUGCUUGUCACUAAUUACCGGCUACUAUUUGUGAGUGAGAAGACGAGAGACAUAAUUGCACUUGGAACGAUCCCAUUGGCAGCAAUUGAGAAGUUUAACAAACUAGUUGUUAAGCAAACAUCAGGAUCACGUCAGUCAGACAAGUCUUCAGCACGACGUCUUCUGCAGGUUUUUGGCAAAGAUUUAAGGAUUAUAGUAUUUGGUUUCCGAGCUCGAACUAAGCAGAGACGUGCAGUUUGUGAAGCACUUUUGAGGUGUACUAGACCGACAAGAUUAUGGGAUCUUUAUGCUUUUGUUUGCGGGCCUUCUAAAUACUUCGGCAAUAAUCCAAGGGUCCGGUUGUUAGAUGAAUAUUUUCGGCUUCUUGGCAUAAGAUCCCACUUUCAGCCAUCAGAUUAUAUGAUUGAUGAGGGAUCAUAUACGUUGUCCAAUAAUUGGUGGAGAAUAAGCAGUAAAAAUUCCAACUACACAUUGUGUGCCACUUACCCUUUUGCUUUGAUUUUUCCUAAAUCCAUUACUGACGAAGAAAUUCUGCAGGCCUCCACUUUCCGGGCUAGAUGUCGUCUGCCUACAAUUUCUUGGUGCCAUCCCGGUACUGGAGCUGUACUAGCACGCUCAUCUCAGCCAUUAGUUGGUCUCAUGAUGAACAUGAGGAGCAAUGCUGAUGAAAAGCUGGUGGCCGCACUUUGCACACAGUUCGCUAGUCUAAAGGAUGGGAGGAGGAAGUUAUAUAUUGCUGAUGCAAGACCUAGGAAAAAUGCUCUAGCAAAUGGCGCAAUGGGAGGUGGUUCUGAGUCAGCUGCUAAUUACUUCCAGUCAGAGAUAGUUUUCUUUGGCAUAGACAAUAUACAUGCUAUGAGAGACAGCCUGUCCCGUCUUAGAGAAUAUUUGGAUACUUACGGAACCACUUCAUCUGAUGGAAUGUCCUCAUAUCUUAGACAUGGAGGGUCAACGUGGGGGGGUGGUAAUCUUAGCAGUAUGUCUACUUCAGUGUCAACCCUUGGUGACAGUGGGUGGUUGAUACAUGUCCAAAGUGUUUUGGCUGGUGCUGCCUGGAUUGCUGCACGCAUUGCUAAGGAAUCUGCAUCAGUUCUUGUUCAUUGCAGUGACGGUUGGGAUAGAACAACUCAAUUGGUUUCGCUUGCAAGCUUGCUGCUCGAUCCUUACUAUCGGACAAUUAAGGGUUUUCAGGCACUUGUUGAGAAGGAUUGGCUUGCUUUUGGUCAUCCAUUUUCUGAUCGUAUUGGUCUCCCAAGUUUAUCUGGGAGUGGUACUAUGCCUUUAGAACUUUCUUCCAGUGGUAGUUUCCAUUCAUCUCCUAUACGCCAGCAGUCUGGAUCAACACAACCUUCUGGCUCUUCACACACACACAGUUCACACAGUUAUUCGCCUAUUCUUUUACAGUGGGUUGAUUGUGUUUCACAGUUAUUGCGAAUGUAUCCUUUCGCUUUUGAAUUUUCCUCGGCCUUUCUGGUUGAUUUCUUAGAUUCUGUGCUCUCUUGUCGUUUUGGAAACUUCCUAUGUAAUAGUGAAAGGGAAAGACAACAAUGUAGAGUUUCUGAGGCUUGUGGAUGCUUGUGGAGCUACUUGGAUGAUAUGCUAUCUUGUGGUGGUCAAUCACAUGCUCACUACAAUCUCUUUUAUGACCCAAUGAAACAUGAUGGUCCACUAUUGCCUCCGGCUGCUGCUCUUGCUCCUACCCUGUGGCCACAGUUCCAUCUUCGUUGGGCUUGUCCGAAAGAAGUUGAGGCUGGGGACCUUGAUGCUAAGUGUCGAAGCAUGGCUAACAAAUUCUCUGAACUGCAGAAGGCUAAGGAUACAGCAGAAAGGAAGGCUAGGGAAAUUACAGCUGCCAUGGAAUCUCUGACCACGGAGUUGAGAAAUGAGAAGCAAUUAAGCAGCACUGCUGUGCACUUGGCUAAAAAGGCAAGCAAGGAAAAUGCUGCUAUUAAGCGUGCAAUCCAGUCAUUGGGUUGCAAGAUUCACUUCUCAAGCAGUGGGGAUACUACUGUUGAUGUUGAACACUACAAGACUGAGUCUCCUCAAAAGUCAAUUGACUCUCUUCCUGAACGAGAUUCAGAUAGGAUGCUGCAGUGUGAUGAAAAGUCAGAUCUUUCUGUGUCCAUAGCACUCAUGCCUGAUGAUGAUGUUCCAACUGAUUCUUUUAGUCGAAUAUGUGAAUCCCUUUGCCCAUUACGCUCUCCUGAUGGCCAGUGUAGGUGGCCUGAAGCAGGUUGCGCUCAGAUUGGAAGCCAAUUUGUUGGUCUGAAGGCAAACUUUGAUGCUUUUGAUCGGUUGUCUAUAGAUGAUGGUUACUUCUGAUACAUUCUCGCUCCAAAUUUUGAGCUAAUCUUUGGUUUUAGGCAAUAUUUACCAGUUCAUUGUAUUGUCAGAGAAAAGGUAGGUGCUCUGUUGGUGCAAAGUUGCAGCUGAAGAAAAUCUCUUUUUUCAGCAAUUUUUGCAAUAUUUGCAGCAAAGUAGAUGACUUAUGAUCCACCUUAUGAUUCGGGUGUUGGGUUUGUACAGGCCAAACAGCAUAUAGAGUUGGAAGCCUCGAUUUACUAAUGCUGAUUGUAAGAAGAAAGGUUAAACUAAUUUUUCAGAGCCAAACAUUGGUGAGAUGCUGCUUUUUAUUUGCCGAUUAACCCCCAAGGUAGAUGACCACCUCCAGUCUUUUCUAAAAUAAAGGUGAUGGAAUUGUACAGCAUUCACAUACUUCUGCUAUCCUGUAUAUGAUAUAUUCUUGCCUAAAAUCCAUCUUGUAAUAUUUAAUUUUUUUGGAUUGUAAAUAAAAAUUUUAAUAUUGUUCUUAGGAGAAUUCUGCCAUGUUUGAUAAAUGUUAGGUUGUAAUUUUCAAAUAGGCUUGAUUUAUAAAUUAUAAUAAUCUAUAUACUGGAUUUGUUAUUUUUAUUUUUUUUGACGGGCUGGAUUCGUUAUGUAAGGAUAAGAAUGUGGAACAAAUAGAAGGUUUGUGUUUUUUUUUUUGAAACAAUAGAAGGCUUUUAUUUGGACAAACAAUAUUUCUUUUUCAUUUUUUUUUACAUUGAAAACAUAAAAUGGAAUACGGAGUAUGAUUUACGGUUACCCAUUUGAAUGUAGAAGACCGCAGAUUGCAAGUAGAUUAAAAAAAGGACUUAGGGCUAAAAACAAAUUAGUGAGCUUAAUUAA